AUAUAUAAAUGUAUAAAUAGGUAUAGGUAUAGUUGUUGUACACAUAUAUAUACAUAGAAAUAUAUAUAUAUAUAGUAAAAAUGAAGAUGGCUGCAGAGGUGAGGUGGUCAGUGUUAUUUUAUUUAUUAAUUAUUAUAAAUUAUGUAAAUGCGGAUGAUGUGCAUAGAAAAUUUGAAUAUAAAUAUUCCUUCAAACCGCCUUAUUUAGCGCAAAAAGAUGGGACUGUACCAUUCUGGAAUUACGGAGGAAAUGUUAUCGCUAGCUCGGAUAAAGUUAGGCUAGCUCCAUCAUUACGAAGUCAAAAAGGGGCAAUAUGGACAAAACAACCAUCAGAUUUUGAAUGGUGGGAAGUGGAUUUAAAAUUCAACAUAAAUGGACGUGGUAGAAUCGGAGCUGAUGGUCUGGCAUUUUGGUACACAACCCAAACUGGAAAUUACGAUGGCCCAGUAUUUGGAAGCUCUGAUAUGUGGAAUGGUCUCGGUGUAUUUUUCGAUUCAUUUGAUAACGAUAAUAAACAUAACAACCCAUACAUCAUGGCGAUUGUUAAUGACGGAACUAAAGUUUUCGAUCAUGCCAAUGACGGAACAACUCAGAUGGCUGCUGGUUGCUUGAGAGAUUUCCGUAAUAAAUUAUUCCCAACCCAGGCUAGAAUUGAAUACUACAAAAAUACAUUGACGCUGAUGUUCCACAAUGGAAUGACCAGCAGCCCAGACGAAUUCGAACUCUGUUUCCGCGUUGAAAAUAUUUUCCUGCCGAAAAACGGUUACUUCGGAGUAUCAGCAGCCACUGGAGGACUGGCUGAUGAUCACGACGUGAUGCAUUUCUUGACCACAUCCCUGUCCCCACCUGGACAGAUACAACUCGACCAAAGUAGAACAGUAACCUCUGAGGAACAGGCGAAAAUAAGCCAAGAAUAUCAGGAUUAUCAGAAAAAAUUGGACCAACAGAAAGAGGACUAUCGCAAAGAGCAUCCAGAUGAGCCUCGUCGUGAUAAGGAAGACUUUGAUGACUGGUUUGAAUCCGACAGCCAGCGAGAAUUGAGACAAAUUUUCACGGGUCAAAGUCAGAUGUUUGAAGUCCUCCGGGACUUGCAUAAAAAAUUGGAUGAAACGAUCGGCAAACAAGAGCGUACACUUUCAUUGAUAUCGCAACUACAAGUAGGCGGUGUCCAAACAGCCGGUGGUGCAGGACAACCAGUCCAACUUAUUGACACAAUCCGCCGACAAGAGGUCGACGCAGUCCUCAGUAAUCAGAACAUUAUAAUGAACACCGCUCGGGAAAUCAAACAAUUCGUUGGAGAAGUCAGUUCUAAAGCAGAAACAAUUCUAUCGAACCAAGCACGCGCACCUACAGCACAGGUCCAGCCUAUUGGGUACGAUUACCAAUCCCUGAUAUCGGAAAUGCGGGAUGGACUGAACCAAGUUAAGCGAGACGUAGCGCAAACUUACAACAGAUUAAAUGCGGCACCGGCUGCCUCAUGUCCCACCGGAAAUUGUCUUACGACAACGAUGUUUAUUAUUUUUGUUAUAAUACAAUUGUUUAUUCUUAUUGGGUACAACAUGUACAGAGAUAGCAAAGAAGCGCAAGCUAAAAAAUUCUAUUAAAAGAAAUUUUUUUAAUAGCAAAAUUAAUUACUUAAUAAAAACAAAAUUAAAAAAUCAUUUUUCUUAAUUUUUUUUUUUUCAAUUGGUUACUUAAAAUUGUUAUGUUUAUUUUUGGAAUUCGGGUCUAUUUUUUAUUUUAUAUUUUUAUUUUUAUCGAACGGCCAAAAUAGAAUUUUUAAUAAUUAUUUUUUAAAUGAAAAAUUUGAAAUAUUUUUUGAGUUAAAUUUAUUGAGCUCGAGUUUAUUAAUACGAUAGUAGAUGAAUUUGUGAUUCCAUGUUAUGAAUGAUAUAUUUAUAAAUUUAUUAUUUAUGAGAUGAAUUUAUAAAUAUAGUAGUAAUAAUAAUAAUAAUAAUAAUAAUAAUAAUAAUAAUAAUAAUAAUAAUAAUAAUAGCCGUCAAUAAUAUGCAGUCUACAUGAAUUUUUUUGAUGUACAUAAAUCAUUAUUCAUUUUUUUAAUAACCGGAAAAGUCAUAUAUGAUCACAUAUGGUCAGAUAUGAAUCAUACAUAAUCAUGUGAUUAAAUGAGGUCAUAUCUGUAAAUAUAUGAAUACGUAAAACGAUAUCUGAAAAAAAAAAUACUGAUAUGAUCAUAUAUAGUCAGAUAUGAUCAGAUGUUAUCAUAUAGGACCAUAUAUGAUGUUAUAUUGUAAGGUAUAGUCAUAAAAAUGGUUACAUAUUUUAUAAUCUGAUCAUAUGUGAUCGGAUAUAAGUCAGAUAUGAUCAUAUAGGACUGAUAUGUUCAUGUAUGACCAGAUAUGAGCAUAUAUGAUAUUUUAUUGUGAGGUAUGGUCGUAUAUAAGGUUACAUAAUUUAUAAUCUGAUAAUAGGUGAUCGAAAAAACAGUCAGUUAAGAUCAUGUGGGACUAACCUGUUCAUAUAUGGCCAGAUUUGAUCAUGUAUGAUGUUAUAUUGUGAGGUAUGGUCGUAUAUAUGGUUGAAUAUUUUAUAAUCUGAUGAUAUGUGAUCGGAUAGACAGUCAGAUAUGAUCAUACGGGACUAAUAUGUUCAUAUAUGGCCAUAUAUGAUAAUCUAUUGUGAGGUAUGGUCGUAUAUAUGGUUACAUAUUUCAUAAUCUGAUCAUAUGUGAUCAAAUAUAUAGUCCGAUAUGAUCGUCUGGGAGGAAUAUGAUCAUAUAUGGUCAGAUCUGAUUAUAUACGAUCAUAUAUGAUGUUAUAUUGUAAGGUAUCAUCAUACACAUGGUUAAAAAUUUUAUAAUCUGAUCAUAUAUUAUCGGAUAUACCGUCAGAUAUGAUCAUACGGGACUAAUAUGGUCAUAUAUGAUUAUAUAUGUGGUCAGAUAUUGUAUCAUUUAGUCAUAUAUGAUCAUAUAGAAUUAAACAUGAUCACAUAGGGUCAGAUAUAACCUUUUGUAACACAAUACGGUCACGUAUGUGGUCGGUUAUUUUACCACUUGAUCAUAUAUAAUCAUAUUUAUUCAUAUAUGGCCCCAUAUAUAAUUUUAUAUGAGCGUAUAUAAUGAUGCAUGUAUGCAGCAAUAUAUGAACCUAUAUGAUCAUAUAUAACUUUGGUUGUAUCUAAGCAUAUUUGAGUAUUUAUACAGAACCAUAUAUGAUCAUAUGUGAGUAUUUUUUUCCGAGUGAACAUAAAAUAAAAAAUUAUAAACCUCCAUAAUUAUAUCGAUAACGCAUACGUGGAUUUUGUAUUAAUAAAAAAAGAACUGCAACAAUAUUAAGACUUUUUCAAUACAACUCAAAUUUUUCUCCAUUUUUAUAUUUUUUUUAACUGAAAUAACGCACAGAGUGGAGAUUACUAUGAAUUUUCUUAUUGUUAAAAGAAUUUUUUGUUACUCAUUCCUAAUUAUCUCGUAAUUUUAAUUAAAAUUUUUUACACUUGUACACGAUUGAGAUGGAUGUGAAUGUUAAUCUUAAAAAAAAUAUAUCAUGGGUAUGUAAUAAAUAAAUAAAUAAAUGUCAAAAUAAUUAUAGUGGACAAUUAUUUUAAUUUUAUAUUGUCCAUGUUAUAGAUUUUUUUAAAUAUAAAUAAAUAAAAAAUUAGUAAAAUGAAUUGCUCCUUAUUGCAUUUAUAAGAGUUUAUAAAAAAAAUUGUAUAUGUAUAAGAAUAAAUAUAUAUGAAAUAAUA